GCGCUGACGCAGGAAGGCCGCCUCAUUGGUCCGCGCAGUCGGGACUCAGGCGGCUUUUCUCCUAGUGCUCAAGGCGCCGACCCAUUUCUCUUUCUCCAGCCGAGUGCUCCCUUCCUUAAUAAGUGCCAGCCUGAAGGGAUCCAGACUGAGGUAGGCCGGAUAGCUGCACUGAGGCACCAUGACGACCCUGGAUGAUAAGUUGCUGGGGGAGAAGCUGCAGUACUACUACAGCAGCAGCGAGGAUGAGGAGAGUGACCAUGAGGACAAGGACAGAAGCAGGGGUGCCCUGGCCGGCAGUUCCAUGCCUGCAGAUGCUGAGUUGGCAGGCGAAGGCAUCUCAGUUAACACAGGUCCAAAAGGCGUGAUCAACGACUGGCGCCGCUUCAAACAGCUGGAGACUGAGCAGCGGGAGGAGCAGUGCCGGGAGAUGGAGAGGCUGAUCAAGAAGCUGUCCGUGAGCUGCAGGUCCCAUCUGGAUGAAGAGGAGGAGCAGCGGAAGCAGAAGGGCCUCCAGGAGAAGAUCAGUGGGAAGAUGACUCUGAAGGACUUUGCCAUGAUGAAUGAGGACCAAGACGACGAGGAGUUCCUGCAGCAGUACCGGAAGCAGAGGAUGGAAGAGAUGCGGCAGCAGCUCCACCAGGGGCCCCAGUUCAAGCAGGUUUUUGAAAUCCCCAGUGGAGAAGGAUUUCUGGACAUGAUUGACAAGGAGCAGAAGAGCACCCUCAUCAUGGUCCAUAUUUACGAGGACGGCAUCCCAGGGACCGAAGCCAUGAACGGUUGCAUGAUCUGCCUGGCCGCAGAGUACCCAGCCGUCAAGUUCUGCCGGGUGAAGAGCUCGGUGAUCGGGGCCAGCAGUCGCUUCACCAGGAACGCCCUUCCCGCCCUGCUCAUCUACAAGGGGGGCGAGCUGAUAGGCAAUUUUGUCCGUGUCACUGACCAGCUGGGGGAAGAUUUCUUUGCAGUGGACCUUGAAGCUUUCCUCCAGGAGUUUGGAUUGCUCCCAGAAAAGGAAGUCUUGUUGCUAACCUCCGUGCGUAACUCGGCCACCUGCCACAGCGAGGAUAGCGAUUUGGAAAUAGAUUGAUUGGCUGGGCUGGUGGCAUAAAUUUCUCAUUGUUUGGGCUGGAAGACACACGUCCGUGUGUUUAUUUUCGUUCUUUUCUGUGUCUUCUGGCUUUUCUGCUGUUCUUUGUAGUCCCUUUUAUGAUAUGUCAAGAAAUUCUUCUAUCAAAUCAGAAUGCUGAAUCACCUUGUGGCUAUCCAUAAAGUGACCUAACAUUGUAUAAACAGGAAGCCAGGCUUUUGAACUGUUUACUUAAGAUUCUCUAGCAUGACAUCUCUGUUAUUGUUUCCAGUCAGUAUUUACAUAGCAUCCUGAAGACAGUGUCCUGGAAAUUGUCUUCAGAUGAUCUCAGAGGUCUCUGCCAGGUCCGGGAAUAUAAUUCUAUAGUUAGUGUGUUAUUUGCAACAUAAGUAAUACAUUUCCUUCAUCAAAUCAUUGUAAAUUAUAUUUACUUAUAAUCAGACUCAUAGUCUUAGAAGGCAGUUAAAUUUUUACCCCCUAGACCGUAUUAUCUCCCAGGGUCUUGUUUAAAGGUUCCAGACCGUGUAUGUUUGCCCCAUCAAGAGGGGGGGUGACCUUUGUCGCCAGAGUCGAUACCCUGCUCAAGCAUUAUUAAGUCUACAAUAGAGGAAGGAUCGAGAUGGACUGCCCUCUUGAUGCUGAAAGACCAGCUUGGCUUGAAAAUUAGAGCUGAGAUAGAGCUGGGAAGCCUUUUUAAAGGAAGAUCUUCCAAUUAAGAUACCCCUGCUCAUCUUUUUCUCUGUUUCUUUUUUAUUUAACAAGGUAAUUUUUUGGUUUCAUGUAGCUUUUGUUAAAACUUUUUUGCAUAUUGGAAAAGUUAAUAUUCAAUAGAAUACAGAAAAUACAGAAGCAAAAAUAAGAAAAUUAGAAUAAUCUCUAAUCCUGCCACCUAGGGUAAAACACUAUUAAUAUUUUGGGAUAUUUCUUUCCAAGGUGUUUUCUUUGUGUACACAGACAUUUUGUUUGCUUAUUAAACAAAACAGUGGGAUCAUUCUGAACAUACUGUUUUAUAGUAUGGUCAGCUAAUAUAGCAAACGUUUUUCCAUGUUAUUAAAUACUUUUACAACAUUUUAAAGUGGCUAUUUAUACCGUUGUAUAGGUGUGCUGUAAUUUGCUUGGUGGUUGUCUCUUGAAAACAGCAAAGACUUUUUAUUACAAAAGUAAUUGAUGUUCAUUGUAGAAAAUGUAACAAACAUUGUUAAGCCAAAAAGAUUUAAAAGCCUUAUAAUUCCACCAACCAAAAAUAAUCCCUGUUAAUCAUUUUUACAGGUAUCUUUCUGGUCUUCUUUCUGUGUGUUUAUAAUAAUGAUUGUCUUUUGAGUUUUUUCCUCAUGUUUUUUACUUUAAAAUAUGUACAUUGUAGGGCCAGGGAAAAUGUAACCUGUAAUUAAAUGUUAGCUUUAAAGUUCAGUUUUGCUUUCCCUGGCUAUUUAGGAAUUGACUAACUGUAGAAAGGUCAUGACAGUAUCUCUUGUAGUUAAUCAACAAAAAAGAAAGUGCAUGGUUUUUUAAUUAAAAAAGCUCAUUGUAUGGUUUUUUAAUUAAAAAAGCUCGUUGUAGAAAGUGUGUGGAAAGUAUAGAAAAUUAUUAGAGGCAGAGACAACUGUUGUCAGUGUUUUUAUUUUCUUCCAGUUUUUUCAAUAUUUUUAAUACAUUGAGAGCUUAUUGAAUUUAGUUCUGUGUUUUGUUUAAUUUAAUAUUAUAUCAUAAAUGCUUUGACAUGUUAUAAAAAUUCUAAAUAAAUAAUUUU